AUGGCAAAGAUUCUCUCCGUCGAUCCCGUUGGGUGGGAAUCGAUGAAGAGCCAUUGGUGGCAGUUUGUGUUGAUCGGAGUCUUGUUAGGCAGUAUCACCAUUGGCUGUGUGUCUAUUUUGUGGUCUGUCGGGGCCAGGGUCAUCAAGUACUACCAGUCGAAGCCACCUCCAGACAAUGUGCCCACGGAUGUUUUGCACCGGCUCAAUAAGCUGGCUAUUCGACAACUCAAUUUGAUCGAUGCUCAUGUCAACAGACGCAAACCAUUAUCCUUCGGUGUUUAUCUUGGGGGCUUCAGCAACCCUCCUACUGCAUCCCAAGAUAGGUUGCUGGGACAGUGGGAUCUUUUGGUUGUCGAUCACCUCCAGGACAAUGUUGCAAAAGCCAUUCUUCUUCAUGAACGUGCCCAAUUUGCAGGAAGAAUUGAUCUUGCCCGCCUUGUAUCCCCGGAUGAAUCCGCUUUAAAUGCGAUAGACAAGAUUGAGGAAGUCCUCGCCAACAAAUUCAAUGACACUCGAUUUUCUGGGAUCCUGCUUGCCAACUGGGAGGGCGUGUUCUCCCCAGCUGUCCAGAGAAAAGUGUUUGAAACGAUCAAUGGUCUGGGAUUGAUGGUAUACCUGGAAGUGGGACCACCCAACUUCCUGGGAGAUCGAAAGGCCUUGCAAAACCUCACUGUGUCGGGCUUGGUUAUUCGCAAUGCCAGUAUCUUGCCUCAGGGCGAGAAGCGCGAUUACUUUCAGAUGGUCAACCUCCAGUCCACGAUCAAGGCAUUUGUCUCCGAGUCCUGCAUGAGAGACUUUGUGGUAAUGGCUUGGGAAACCGUUGAUGACAAUGUCGUGUUGUCAAAUGCUAUCGUUCGAAGAUCGCUUCAAUGGUGCAACUUUUACAGCGCAAUCUCUUGGAUAGGCCCCGAGGCUGCUCUUCAGGACGCUGAUCUCAAUAUCUGCAUGCCUGAGCCACUCCCGGCCUUUGGCUGGCUGAAGGAAGCGGAUACCAUGAAAGCGCAUGAUGCUUGGCGUUCUAACCUUUACAUUGCAGCAUCCCCUAUUGUCAAUGCUGGGUGGGAUGCCCUUCGCCCGUUCUUUCCCGCGGUUGGUACCUUGCUUGGUUCGAGAGAAGCUGCAGUUAAAUCUCCAACAAUCCUCUCGGCCUCUCUGCGUGAUCCGCCAGAAUGGGUUGCCCAGGUCAAGUCUCAAGGCAGUCCACUCUCCAUAUCGAUGACUGGGAUGGAAUACAAUCUUCUUGGUUGUUUUCCUCUUGGCUCAGACUCGUCUCCACUGGCCUUUGCCGAAAUUCUUCAAUCUCAGCAACGUCUCAAAGCUCUCGGCCUUCUUCACCCCGUUCCGGCGGCAAAGAUUCAGGACAUGGCAUCGCUUCUACGGCGAUUCCACGACACUCUCGAUCUUUCUGAAGACGAUGGCCAGCUUGCAGCUUCAGUCAAGGAAAUCGCCGACCUAGCGUCAACUCAAUCGCUGAGUGUCAGUCUGGCGCUUGAUUCGGGGCUGCGCAAAAGCCCUGAGCUCCGCUUUUGGGGCGUAUCUCAGGUCGACAGUGAGGGUGUGGAGAUAUUUGUGUCAAAGAAUGCACAAGGCUUGGUCGGAACCGUUCUGCACAUAUUUCUUUCUGCAAAGGGCUUCCCCCGGCACGUCUGCUUCGAAGCCGAAACUGCGUUGGCCUGCUGGUCCAACGACCUUGUCCAUGAAACUGGCCUUCCACGCCGAUUGAUUCAAGACAUUGAUGUUCUUAGCCCCGAAGAACGCCUGCUCCUUUUGCAACACUUGACUCUGACAGAUUCCCAAAGUGAGCUAUCGAAGGCAAUUUGCGCUUAUAUUCGCAAGCUGCUAGCAGAUGCACCCUCUUUGGCGCAAUUGAAGGCGCUGAACACGGUGGGUUAUCUCGAAGAAUCCGCUUCUCCCAAGGAUUUGAUCCAGUCCCGACUACGUUGGUACCGCGAUCAGGGUUGCAAUCAUCCUUCGGAUACUGUUUGUCUUGAUUUCUUCCAUCAGGUGGACAAGAUUUUCAAUGAAAUAUUGAAGGGUCCUCGCGAAGAUGAUCUCUCGGCCAUUACAAAGGGCCUUUGUGGAUUGAUGAAGGAAGGUCAAAUUGAUGCCUAUGUUGAUAUGAUGGCCCUGUCGCUCUUCUGUGCUGCAAGAAAAGGUGCCUUUGACGAAAUUUAUGCCGAAGUGACAGACCGAAACCCUCUGUUCAACAGCCACUCCGACCAAGCUGCCGCUUUUGCCGAAUCAUUUGCCCUUGGAUCUCGAUGCGAGGCCUAUUUCGAUGUCUCGCCUAGCAUUUUUGGAAAGCUUUUGUCUGAUCGAUUCAGAGCGUACUACACAGAGCAUCAGCCACCCAACUGGAUCAACGGCGCGCCGGAGCUUGCCACGGCUUAUGCUGGAGCACAAAUUGAUGUCAACCCCGAUGACAAGGUCAAGCCGAUGCGCGGCUACCAGCGAUUUACGUUUUUGAGUGUCUUCGCGAUUCCGGCUUUGAUCGACAUUAUCCUCCUCACCAUCAUCGGGCGCGGUCUCUACCUCUCUGCCUACAUGACCCACGAAGAACAAAACAGCGCUACCAUGGCCCUGAUGAUUUCCCUGCUUCUCUCUGGUGGAGUCGGUACAUGGAUUGCCUGCGGCGGGCCCUACUACCUGAUUUCAAUGGCCUUCGCUGCGGCAAACAUGUUCGUCCUCAUCCGCCUCAUUGCCGGCAUUGCGUUUACGGUGGCCGGGGGGUUGAUUGGCUUCGUUACCAUUUCCAGCGUCAAGGGUCCUCGUGCUGGUAUCAUCUUCUAUCUCUACUUGAUUUCUCUGACGAUCUACUUUUCGACUUUCGCCUCACUAGCGAGCUUCAGCUACCCCGGCUCCACGUUCCUGUCUGGUCGCAAGGCUAUCAUUAUGUGCAUCCCAAUUCUUUUCUUAUCGCCAAUCAUCACAACCUUCGCUGGAAAUGACUCGGCCAUUUAUCUUGCUGUCAUUUACGUUUUUAUCGGUGUGCUAUUGCUGUGUCUGCGUUCAACGACUUCGAAAUGGGUCACCUGGUACCAAACCCUACGACGCACCGACGACACUGAGAUUCGCAAAUGGUACAUCGCAGCCCACGGGAAAAAUAAUGAGAAGGUCUUUGGAAAUUUGAGCGACCCCGCCGCCCUCAAGCUGGCCAGGGAAGCCUUGUUGAAAGACGUGUUGGCCGAAAAGGCUCGCGGCCUUUUCUCGAAACCAACAACUGACCAGAUGGUCAUGGAACUUGCUCGGGAUUGGGAGUCCACCAACUUUCUUCUGGAUUGGUAUUGCCGUUACGCCGAUGUCCCACGACCGAUUCCUUUCAGCUCGGGUUGGAAUAUCCAGACCAAGGUGGCCUUGGACACCCUGCGCAGCGCACAAAAGGGCCUUCGACUGCACAACGCAUUUGUCCAUUGGCGCCAGUCCAGCAAAGAAAUCGGAUGUGGUAUUCUGUACUUUGUCGUUGCACUCCUGGACAAAUGGGUUCAGUUACUCAGUGGUGAUGAUGGUGUUGGUCUCUCGGCCCCGUUGACAGACGCCAAUCGCAUGGCCGUUGGCUUUGCGCUUGCUUACUAUCUGAUCGGAGCCGUUCUCAUCGAUACCAAAGCCCAGGAACUCCACGACGCCAUCGGCAGUAAAGCCCCUGUUGGUGUCAAAUCUACCAAAGAUAUUCGCGUCUCGCAGAAGGAGGAUAUCCAGUUCCGGCGCAGGGUCUACUGGAAAACUUUCUUCAAGUUCCUUCUAUGGCACGUCUGGAGUAUCGCGAUUUCUACCAGUCUGAUUUGGAUAUUCAAGGCCUCCAUGGAAGCCAUGAUCAUUUUCUUUUCCUAUGUGCUCGCCUACACCGGUUUGAUCUGGUACCAAUACACGAAGAUCUUCACGGGCCCUCAUGCCUUGAAGCCUCUCCUUAUCGGUGUCUGUGUGGGCCUGCCAGUCGGAAUCGCCCUCAAGGUUUGUCUGCCUCACUUCUACUAUUCCCAGGUUAUUGGUCUGGGGUCUGCUACCUGGAUCAUUGCCAUUCUGUCGCUGUGGCAUGCGAAAAUGGGUAUGCCAAACAAGGUGGACUCUCCCGUGGAGCUUGGGAAGACAUUUCACGCCUUUACCACGCCUUGGUCAGACCCUGAAUGGUCACAGCAAGAGCUUCAGAGCUUUUUUGAAGGCAUCUCACUUCUCCCUCCUGACUCUCGCUUUAAGGUCGACCCGACUGUCCAUCCAGGCCUCGAAGUCAAAGGCGCCAUGCUGUCACGCAGGGAAGAGAGAAGGAUCCAAGAGGCAUUUCCCAAUGCCAAAGAAAUCACCGACAUCACUAUUUCUUCCUGGGAUAAUGGGGAAAUUUCUCUCGAACUUGUUCCUCUCGGCAGCUUGGGACCUGGUAUCCGGGCGUUAAGCUACAGCACUGGACACCAUCUGAAGCUGGCCAUCUGUGUUGGAGGGCCCCGGCAUCAGCGGAUGGAUAUCAGCAUGAACUGCCGUAUCAUUGCGGAAACCCUUCUUCACGCUGUCGCCGAAAUCAAGAUGGGAGUUCCCCACGAUUACGCAAUCCUUGCUGAGUCGAUCGUCUCUGGGGGUGUCACGCAAACUAUGGCUCAACAACUCCGCGAAGAGGCUGACACAUCUGUUGUCGUGCGCUGGGCCAAGAAAGAGUUACUUCGACAGCUUUGUCUUGGGUUUGAGGCCGAUAUUCAUUGGGACAUACUGCCAUCGGAAAUUCGCAACGUGCUGUUGAGUCGCUGCUUGAGUCUGCCGUGUGAACUCCCAGAUGCCCAGCGAGAAUGGCUCCAGAAGAGUCUUUGUCGGUUCGACACAAAUGACCUAGAUGUCCAUGUGGCAAGAUGCAAUCUGGGAGCGGCUACUGCCAUCAGUAUUCUCGACCAUGCUCACUAUGGCGCUGGGGAGAACGCCAUCCCCAAAGGCCCUGAUACUGCUGAGUAUAUUUCACACAUUUCUCGGAAGCUGCCGAUUGCUCUGUCGCUGGUCCGGUCUCCAUUUAGCUAUAUGUACCACGCGCUGGGAUCCAUGAUCAAAUUCUUCGUGAUUGCUUUGAUUGCCGAUCCCGAGUUCCAGAGAGAAUUCGACCAUGUCACCAAAUCAUUCCCGAAAGCUGUGCGCGUGCCCAUGGUUUUCUUCUUGAAUGGGGUCUGGAUAUAUUCCAAAAUUAUUCAGGACCUCGUGCUGUCUUUCUUUUUGUUCCACGGCCGCAAGAAUGUCAAACUGCUAUGGGAUGAGACGAAGGGCAUGACUAUCCAUAUCAAGAAGAGCAGGGUCAUUGUCCAAAGUCUGGACGGCACCUUCACGACUUUCCGGCACAAUGAAAUCGAUGGUGGCUUCAAGGUGUACCAUUAUGCCGGCGAGCACAAGACCGAACCGGAGAAUUCCAAGUUGCUCAAAUGCGUUAGCACCUACUCGCGGGAGAUGCUUCUUCACAUCAAGCAAGAGUACAAGGACGGCAAAUUGCUCAAUGAGUACCACUACGACUACCAUACCCCAUUGAAGAAGGGCUUCAAGCUUGGAAAGGCUGCAGCUACUCUCAUUCCCCUGGGCCGACGUUGCGUGCAAGGAGAGAAUCACUACCAAAGUGUGCAGUACAAUCGGAAAGGACUCAUCGAAGCAGGCUCAUACAUGAAGGAUGGCAAUCUUAUCCGCUUCAAGUACCACUACCGCAAGAACCACCGGUUCGGGGACGAACUGUUGCGAGCCGAGUUUGUGCUAUCUCAUAUCAGCUGUACGGUGUCUUGGUGUGCGCCCCCUCGCCGGCACCCCGAAAAGGUGGAGCGCUGGAUUCCUCACUCCAAAGUGACCGAGGCCAGCUUUGUCCAGGGCGCCGAUGUCUACGAAAGCCGCUGGCUCUACGAUCACAAGUUUCACCCGACCAUUUUCACUACCGUCAACGGCCAGAAAGUGCAGACUCCUCCCAUGAUCGAGCACGACUAUCUGGGUGUCCUUGCUAAGCCCAAGUACACAAGCUUUGUGCAUGAUAAUCCCUUCUUCUACUGUGACAGUCUCACAUCAAAUGUCGUGACCCGGUUCUUAGGGCUAACGAAGAAGCGCUUCCCCGUAUCGACUUCGCGUGCUCGCUCCCUGAUGUGGAAAGCGUGGAAGGACCGAGUCGACUUUGACGGCAUUAUCGUCCGAUGGAUGGAUGAUCGAAUCCUGCGCAGAGACAGAGUCCUCGCACCCUACUGGCGCAGUCGCGACUGGGGCAACCUCAGCUCAGCGAAGAAGUAUAUGAAUCUUCAUGCGGAUGCAAUCAUGGCCAGUGCGGAUCUGGACGACAACAUCUCGAGCUGGACACCCUUGGCUGUCAAGAUCAGUGAUCUGUUCAACUUCGGCCCUGGAGGUGAUGCUGUGGUUAACACGCGCUCCAAGGACGCUGGCUCUGAUACCGACAAAAUCCUUCAUGUUAUGGCUGCAGACACUGGCACUUGGCCCAACGAAGGUGGCGGUGUCUCGGCAUGUCGUCGGGAUAUGAUCAAUUCCUUGCGGACUAUCAAGUGGCAUAUGAUCUGCGAGUCUGCGAAUGACUUCGGUGUUCCCAAGCAUCAGACGGAGCAGAAUAUUCAGUCUCUCAAGGUCAUCCCGCUCUGGGGCUUGGAUUUCCUCACGCCCACACACGGCUUGUUCCACAACAAGCUGGACUCGGAAGUCGACAAUGUCACGUCUGCGAGUGCAUUCGACAUCAAGAUGAAUUUCAUUCCAAUCCUGACGGCCCUGGUCAAAGGUGCGAGAGCGGUGGAUCUUUCCAAGUCCGACAUCCAACAGGCGACGCGCGCGCUGGUGAACCUCAAUACUUACUUUCAGGAGUCCCGACACUGGUCUCAGGUGUGGAAUAGCGCGCUAGUUAAGCAGAGCUGGCGUGAACUGUGGCUCACCCAGGAGAUGCCAAAUACCAUUCCAUCUUCUGAAUGGUUCGAUACAGAGCUUCCCACGUUGGCAACCCUCGAUGUUGCCCUGGAACUGUGGUAUCGCUACCUUUUCAUCUUCUCCAUACCAGUCCCUGAGAAGAUCCCCACCGUCUUCCAAGCAUCACACCACAGUGUCAGCGCCUCAUAUGGAGUGGUGUGUAAGAUCAAGAGGAAGUGCACGCUGCAGAUCUGGGAUCAUGCCAUCAGCUGGCGGGAGACCAACCUUUGCUUGUCUUCUGCACUGUGCAAGCUCUCUCCAUUUGUACGAAACGCGCUUCUUGGUUUGAUGCGAAUUACUUCGGUCCUCACGCUGCAUCAUGCCGACAUCAUCCUUCCCUGCGCGGACUUCUUCAAUCCUGGCUGGGAAGUUGAGAUCGGCACUUGCCAGGGCACCAUUGAACACCGGAACACUUUCCGCCGGAAGGUUGACCCCGUCGUCAACGGUAUCACCGACAUGCAGAAGUUCGCUCCGGUCAAGGAGAUCAAGUCAGAGCGACCAACGGUCACGAUGUUGUCUCAUGUCUGGUAUGCCAAAGACAUCAAGACCGCUCUUUUGGCUGCCGAUAUCAUCAUCAAUCAGUGGAAGUUUGACGACUACCAUCUGGACAUUUACGGUGCCAUCGACAAAGCCCCGACCUACUCCACUGAGUGCCAGGAGAUCAUCGCCUCCAAGGGCCUCCGCGGCAGAGUCACGCUUCGUGGAACCGCCGACCCGAUGAAAGUGCUAGAGAACACCUGGCUUUUCCUCAACUCAUCACUGUCUGAGGGUCUGCCUCUGGCACUGGGCGAGGCUGCGCUAACCGGGGCCCCGGUAGUCUGCACAGACGUAGGCGCCUCUCUGCGCGUGCUCAGUGAUCCCGACGAUUUCUCGCGGUUCAGUGCUGUCGUAGCACCCAACGAUGCCCAAGCACUAGCAAAGGCCCAGAUCACCAUGCUCGCGCUACUGGGAGAAUGGAGCCAGUACAGCGACGACAGCGAGCCAGCCCCUAUCCUGACCUCAUCGCCGACUCCCGAGGACGUGUCAGCCAUCACCAAACGCAUGUACGACAAGAGCGAGCAGCGCCGCAAGCUAGGCAUGAUGACCCGCAAGAUCGUCCAGAAAUCCUUCAGCGGGGACCGGUAUCUGCGCGAGCACGAGCAGAUGCUCUGGAUCGGCAAGUCCGUCAAGACCAUGGCCAACCGCGCCGCCGGCGAAGCCAUCGAGCCCGCGACCGUCGACGAAGAGAUCAUCACCAUCCCGCGAAGCGCCGUGUACUCGUGGCGCUCGUCCGCGGCCUCGGGCAUGUCCACAGUCUACAGCUCCGUGUCCGGCUUUCCCUCCCAGGGCAACAACAACAACGCCCGGCCCGUCUCCAGCAUCUCUGCCUUGAGCUUGAGCAACGUCUCCACGGACACCGAGACCUUCCCGCGUCUCCCUGUCUUUGCUCCUCGUCAGCCCAUGCCCUCCAACGGCAGUUCGCCGGGUAGUAGAUCGCCGACUGGUCGGCUAUGGCCUCAUAACCAUCGGUUGUCGAUGAUGGCCGGGGGCCAUUGCGCCUCUUCCCGGCCUACGUCGCAGGCGCGCUCGAUCUCGACUGCUGGGCGCGAGCAAUUGCGCGGUCUGCAGCGAGAAGACUUGCUCCCGUAUCGCAACUCCGAUGUCAGCACCAUCAUGAGAGAAGACUUCCUCCGGUCUGACAUGCUUUGGGGUGGUUAA